AUGGUGCUGCUGAGCGCGUCGCCAUGUGGUCUCUCUAAACUCAUAGCGGUCUGUGAGAGGUAUGCUAUUACGCAUGGGCUCAAGUACAAUGCCGCGAAAAGUGAGUUAAUGGUGUUUGGAGUCAGAGGGAAGUGUUUGCCGACAGUACCAGCCUUAAAGUUGAAUGGGAAUCCCCUGAAGCUGGUCAAUCAGUUUAAAUACUUGGGGCAUAUCAUCACCUCUGACUUCAAGGACGGUGCCGACGUCGAAAGGGAGCGAAGGGCGCUGGCUGUUCGAGCAAACAUGAUUGCCCGCAGGUUUGCUCGUAGCUCAACUGCCGUAAAGGUAACAUUAUUCCGAGCAUUUUGUACCUCAUUUUAUACGAGUAGCCUGUGGGUUAACUACACGCAGAAACAGUACAGCGCGUUGCGAGUGCAAUACAACAAUGCUUUUAGGGUGCUGAUGGGGUUGCCUCGCUACUGCAGCGCAUCGUUAAUGUUUGCGGAGGCGCGCGUGGACAGCUUCUCUGCCAUCAUGCGCAAACGCGCCGCCUCGCUGAUCAGCAGGGUGAGGGCCAGCACCAACAGCAUCCUAGCAAUGUUUGCAAGCAGGUUGGAUGGUGCGUAUCUGAACCACUGCAGUGCGCUCCAUGUAUUCGACAAUAUGUAA